CGUUAAAAAAUAAAACGAGAAACCACCACCUCUUCUGAUAAUUAUUUAAUUAAAUAUUAUCUGUAAACAAGUAACGCUAACAAGAUAAUUUAUCGAAAUAAAUAUGACGUAACGGCCAUAAUUCAUUGUAAUUUGUUACGUAAAUAAUUACGCUGCGUUCUCACGUAUGUCUGCAUUCUGAAUCAUUGUUUCUGGUGCCUGGUUGACUACAUCAACAUCACACAUGUACGUAUGUGUUAAACAUCGCCGGUAUGAUCAAUAGUAGUGACUAGGUAUUAGGUAGUUACUAGUUAGUGCUAUCAUAGACAACACUGGUCACAGGUGGCUUUUAAAAUUGAUAUUUCAGUGUGUGCGCUCUUCUGACGUGCUUUGUGUUAAAAUCUGGUGAAAAUGUUGAAUAAAGUGAAACUAGUUUGGUCUAAAACGAAUCGGUGGCAUAGAGUUCUCCUAAUAUUUCUGCUGGUGGAGUCAAAGCUGUUGCCCGGUGGACAAGUUGGCUUCCAGUGUAAUGACCCAGCGCUGUCCUACCCUUACACUGGGGACACAGUGAGCUGGAAAUGGCUGAUGGCUAUCACGUUGCUUUUGCCCCCUGUUGUGAUGCUCAUGGUAGAGAGACAGCGAGACAAAAUGGUGGUAGCCAAGAAGCACGCACUGAGCUGGUACAAGGAGUACGUGUUUGGGUUCCUGCUUAAUUUGACCCUCAUUCAGUGCAUCAAGUCCGUUGUCGGGUCUCCGAGACCGCACUUUUUUGACACCUGCAGACCUAAAGAGGCGGAGACCUGCGAGGCUUCCGAAUAUAUCUCGAGCUACACUUGUACGAAAGCUUAUUGGCUGAAUCAGUCGGACAGGAGCUUUCCUUCGGGCCACACGUCAUUAGCCUUCCACAUGGGCAUAUUCGUUGUUUACUACUUGAACCAGCGCGCCGGUCAGAUCAACUUCCGCUCUAUACUGUCGAUCCAAGUGCUCUGUAUGACGAGCGCGAUAUACUGCGCCGUUUCUCGCAUGAUGGAUCACCGCCACCACUGGUGGGACGUGCUGGCGGGCGCAGUACUCACCGCACCCAUAUUAGUUUAUACCAUUGUCUUCUUGUGCAAAAAUUUUGAAUGCACCGCACCAAAGAGCGACAACAAUGGCAACCAAAGAGAAGUAAUCUCAGAGAAUACGAACGGAACCCCCAUAGAAACUAAAUAGCACAUAACUUCAGACUGUAUGACAGGUGGUAUUAUUGUCAUACGAUUAAUGGGAAGCACUAUUUCUGCAAUUAUUUAUUUGUUAGGUUUUAAUUCAGUAUUGACUUGCAAUCAUUAACUAACGAAGUUUUUUAGACUGUACAUUGAGUAUAGUAUUCACAGUUCAUUUAGAAGUGCAAGAGGCAGCCCGAAUAACCAUUCGUACGUUUACAGUUUGUCUGUAAUCGGUUAACUUUAGUGUGCUUUGACUUUUGUUUAGGUUGAAUUUGACUAGAGUUAUCGUAGUGUAGGUUUAAUGCAACGUUAGCCACGCAUUGUGUGCAAGCAAAUUUCAACUUACCGUCGUACUGUUUGAGUAGAUUUUUCAAUAGCAGUCUUAACGAAGUUAAUCUUCCGUUAUGGCACCUGGUUUUCCAUUGCAUUGUAAUUAAACCCCAAUUUGUGACGUAAAAAUGUACAUCAGUUCCACGAGGUUUUAAAAUUUACUACUGUUAGAGUAGAUUUUUCAAUAGCAAUGUUAACGAAGUUAAUCUUCCGUUAUGGCACCUGGUGUUCUAUUGCAUUCUAAUUAAACCCCAAUUUGUGACGUAAAAAUGUAUAUCAGUUCCACGAGAAGGUAUUAAAAUUUACGUCACAAAUUUGUAUUUGUAACGUAAAUUUAAGGUUGCAUAUUCGGUAAGGGUAUCUAGUUUUAUAUAAAGACAGAAGUAGGUUUAUAUUGUAGUAAGAAUUAAUGUACUUUUCAAAAUAAUAUGAACUUCAUUUGGAAAAGGGGUACCUGUAGGGGUAGCACAGGCAGGAGACAUAUCCCCCGAUUAUAUCCCCUGACAAGGGAUAUAAUUCACGUGUCAUCCUGCUCAAUCACGGGAAAAGGGAAUAGGAGAAGUUUACCCCCGUUUAAUAUUACAUUUAUAUUAUAUGGAUACUAUUUCCACUUGUGCGCCAGUGCUCUGAGUUGAUAAAGCUGUGGGAGAAGAUACAUUUUUGCCCUCUCCCCGGGGAUAUAGUUGUCUCAUGCCCAUGCUAGCCGUUCUCGCAACAGCCAUAACACAAAAAAGGGCUGGUUCCUGCUUUUGUAAUGCAUCCUAAUUAUCCAGAAUUCGUGACGUAUAAAUAUAUUACAGUUUUAUGAGAAGGUAUUAAAAUCUACAUCACAAAAAUGUAUUUGUGACGUAAAUUUAAGUUUGCCAUAAAACAAAAAAGUGCUGGACCCUGAUUUUGUAAUGCAUCCAAAUUAUCCAGAAUUCUUGACGUAUAAAUAUAUUACAGUUUUAUGAGAAGGUAUUAAAAUCUACGUCACAAAACUGUAUUUGUGACGUAAUUUUAAGUUUGCCAUAACACAAAAAAGUGCUGGGCCCUGCUUUUGUAAUGCAUCCUAAUUAUCCAGAAUUCGUGACGUAUAAAUAUAUUACAGUUUUAUGAGAAGGUAUUAAAAUCUACAUCACAAAAAUGUAUUUGUGACGUAAAUUUAAGUUUGCCAUAAAACAAAAAAGUGCUGGACCCUGAUUUUGUAAUGCAUCCAAAUUAUCCAGAAUUCUUGACGUAUAAAUAUAUUACAGUUUUAUGAGAAGGUAUUAAAAUCUACGUCACAAAACUGUAUUUGUGACGUAAUUUUAAGUUUGCCAUAACACAAAAAAGUGCUGGGCCCUGCUUUUGUAAUGCAUCCUAAUUAUCCAGAAUUCGUGACGUAUAAACAUAUUACAGUUUUAUGAGAAGGUAUUAAAAUCUACAUCACAAAAAUGUAUUUGUGACGUAAAUUUAAGUUUGCCAUAAAACAAAAAAGUGCUGGACCCUGAUUUUGUAAUGCAUCCAAAUUAUCCAGAAUUCUUGACGUAUAAAUAUAUUACAGUUUUAUGAGAAGGUAUUAAAAUCUACGUCACAAAACUGUAUUUGUGACGUUAUUUUAAGUU